AUGUCUGAGGGUAGUACAGCUAUGAAAUUUUUAAGCAAAGGUGAAUCGGCACUGUCUGAACUGGUAAUUCAUGGCAAAAGUAAGAGAACUAGAAAAUUGAAAUUACCUUGGAUUACCUCAUCAUUACCAGCGACAGAUGACGUUGGAAGUGGAGAGAUUUGUUUAAGUAUGUGGACCAACAACACACUGCUGUAUCACGUCAGACAUGUGUUUGGUGGAAAUGUGAUUUCUGUGUAUGACAGAGACAAUUUUCAGAAGUGGAUUGAGCUCAGUACCAAUGUAACUCCUUUCAAAAGUAUGGCUUUCAACGAGAAAUGGAUUGUGGCCGUUUGUGAAAGUAGAAGAAUCUGCAUCAUUCCAAACAGAAGGUCGGACAUACCAGUUGAGACUCCCACAUACACACUGAGGGGUGAGGCAGCCAAGAUGAAACUGCUGGGGGAUUUAGUCAUUGUCUUAUACGCUGAUGGACUCUUAGAAACUGGCCACGUGGUGGCAGACGAGGCAAGCCAGGUGAUCACAAACUGGCAGGUGCUCAUAGAAUGGAGCGACAAUUAUUUUUGCCAGCUCAAUGAGUCUAUAACAGACUUUGCCAUUCAUGGCCAGGUGUUUUGUGCAGUUUCUGGAAAAGGUAAAGUGUUCCUAAGCCAUUUUGAAUCGCUCGAUCAGGAAUCUUUGAAAAGAAAUCUCCAUUCACCAUUUACAGUACCACUUGAGAGUGAAGGUAGUUUAAUCACACGGAUGUCCCUCGACGCCAGCGAUGGCCUGAAGGUGGCGUUGGUGGAGGCUCGAGCAGUCCCUGACAAAACAAAACUGCAUGUGCUUUAUCUGGAUAAAUGCUGA